AUGGCCGGCAAGCAGUCUUACGAUGUCGCCGACAAGCUGGGUAGUGGUGAUGGCGAAGCUGUCGCUGUCAACGUUGACGAGUCGACCGCCGCAGAUUGGAGUGAUACAGAAGAGCUCAAAGUCAAGCGGAAGCUCGACUUCAUCCUGUUGCCGAUCCUGGGACUCGCCUUCUUUGCCCUGCAGAUGGAUCGAGGGAACAUCUCGAACGCCCUGACCAGCACCAUCACCCAGGAUCUCGGCGUGACCACCGACCAGAUCAACGUCGGCAACAGUUUACUAUCGACGGGGAUUGUCCUCUUGGAAAUCCCGUCGAACAUCUUACUCCAGCGCGUGGGGCCGCAGAGGUGGCUGUCGGGCCAGAUCGUUGCCUGGGGCCUGGUCGCGAUAUUCCAGAACUUCAUCACGAACUAUGCGGGCUACCUGGUCACCCGUAUCUUGCUCGGUCUUUGCGAGGCUGGUUUCAUACCAGGUGCGCUGUACACGAUGUCGACCUGGUACAAGAAAGACGAAUCUAGUCUGCGUAUCUCCAUUUUCUUCCUGGGUAACCUGCUGGCAUCCGCGACGACCUCACUCAUCGGUGCGGGGAUCCUUAGCAUGGGAGAUAGGUACGGUGUUGCGGGCUGGAGAUGGCUCUUCAUAGUUGAAGGUGCCAUUACCGUCGGGGUCGGACUCAUCUUCAUGCUGUUCCUGCCGCCAUCUGUAGGCAAUGGCAGCCCCUUGAUUAGUUUCGGGCGCUGGUCUUACUUCACUCCGCGCGAGUCAUACAUCGUCGCACGCCGAGUACUUCUUGAUGACCCGACCAAGACCUCGGGUCAUCUCCGCAUCACCGGCAGCGAUGUCUGGGAGACAGUCAAGAACCCUAGGAUUAUGCUACAUAUCCUCAUCACUACCACCGCGACAAUCCCGGUAAACGCUAUCAACACCUACGGACCGAGCGUCAUCAAGAGUUUGGGGUACAGCACCGUGCGGGCCAAUGCGAUGGCUAGCGUGGGGAGCUUCAUUGCUGUAGUCGUGGUCCUCAUCCUGGGGUGGCUGUGCGACAAGACGGGCAGACGGGGCCCGAUGUUACUGUUCGAGUCGCUCUGGAGUCUGAUUGCCUUUACAUGUCUACGGGAGAGCUCUAAAUGGAGCCACGGCCGCAGAUACGCGGCCGUGGUUUUCUCGAUGGCAGCGAACUCAAUCGUUCAUAUCCUCAACGUGGGCUGGCUGACCGUGAAUUGUCAGCGUCCCCAACAACGGAGUGUUGCGAUGGCAAUGAUCAUUAUGGGUGCCAAUGCUGCUGGAAUAGCUGGAAGCCAAGUCUUCCGUACGCAGGACGCUCCGGGGUACCACAACGCUUUCACGGCCUGCUUGGCACUGUCCGCCGUAGUGGUCUUGGAGAUAUUGACACAGAGCUCGUGGUACUUCUUCAGUAACAAGAAGUUGGAGAAAGGAGACGGCCCCGUUUUGAGAAGCGAGACGGAUGAGAGGACCGAUGGACAUAGGGAGGAAUUGGUGAAGAAAUGGUGGUGGACGUGGUAG